UGACGUCAAACCCCGCGCUGUCACUUCCCGUUCGGGCAAGUGUUUCCUCAGAUAUAUCCCAUCCACCUAUCCGUUCAGUGAUACCAGCCGAACUACCUCAACAUAUCACUCUUCGCAAUGGGAAUAAAAGUAAACUCUUACAAACUCCCUCCAACGCCGCUUAUCCCAAACUCCCCCUAUCCACUACUCCACUACCCAGGUCUACUCCGCGAUCUAGUAUCAUCGCCCACCUUCAAAACUACUCAAAUACUAGAUCUCUACGCCUCAAAUGGCUGGCAAACGCAAUGGAUAGCAAAAUACGGUCUGGAUAUCCAAUCCCACUAUCACUCCACCACACAUGAAGCCAUGACUGUCAUCUCAGGCGAAGGUGCCACCAUCCGCUUCGGUGUUGCCGACUCACCCUCCUGGACCCAGGGAAAGCACUCACCAGGAGAUAGAGCAGAUGGUGAAGAAGGCGGCAUAGACAUUGAAGCGAGGAUUGGCGACGUUUUUAUCAUACCUGCUGGAGUAAGCCACAAGACGUUUCUUCCAAAACCACAUAAUGAAAAGCUCGGGUUCUAUCAACCAAAGGAUGUUGAAGAGGGUCGGGCAGCAGAGAUUGAUGAUGAGAAGGAGCGAGAGAGAAGAAAGUUCUUUGAGAGUGUCGAGGUCGAGAAGAAUUUCAUGAUGAUGGGCGCAUAUCCUUACGGUGGUGUUUGGGAUUUCGCUGUUGGAGGUGAGCAUAAUGGAAAGGAGGGAGAGGUUUGGCAUGUAAAGGUGCCAAGGAAGGAUCCUGUGCUCGGGGAUGGUGAAGAGGGCAUUCUGGGACUAUGGCAAGGAAUUUAAGCGCUGUAGUAACUUGCAGACCAUCCAGUAUGUACAUUGCUGAAUUGCCAACUCUUGUGGGCGCCGCAAUGAUGAGGUUGGAAGUUCUCCGCAUAUUUUGUCCUGAGAUGGGUCCGAUGAUCCCGGAAUCGGCGCUAGCUCCACUCUCACGCAACGCGCCCUACGAGCGAUCUCAUUACACCUCGUUGAUAUAUAGCAGGUAGCCAUGCCCCUACAAUUCGCGCCUCCAGAACUGUUCUCCACGAUCGAUGAAACUUGCCUUUUUCCCGUCCGUUCAGAUCAAUGCGAUACUUGGACAAUUCCUCAACUAUUCCAGAGCAUGCUUCUCAUGUACGCGUACGACUAGCGCACUGAGAAAAAGAGCAGGCACAAGAGGCACGCAAGACUGGCCCUCCAGAUAGCCCCCAGAGACCCUCGCUUCUACGCGACGUACACAUGGACC